AUGGCACAAGGAAAGCACUCACCAGGGCUGGAAGAAAAGCCCAAGGAAGGAGUCAAGAUUGAGAACAAUGAUCAUACUAAUUUGAAGGUGGCAGGGAUGGAUGGUUCUUUGGUGCACUUUAAGAUUAAGAGGCAUACAGCACUUAGCAAACUUAUGAAGCCUAUUGUGAAUGAUAGGUUGAAAAUGAAAGAUGAAGAUGCAAUUGAUGUGUUCCAGCAGCAGAUAGGAGGUGUCUACUCAAAAGGGAAUCUGCUACUUUACUGUAGAACUUUGUUCCUCCUGAACAUAAAGACAUGUUCUCAAUUAGAAAACCCAAUUUAG